GUGAUAGCGUCCCCUGACGUCAUUUUCCUGCGACCCUCUCUGACAGGCGUUUCUAUCCAUGUGAAGCGCUCCAGCCAAAGUUAACCUGAAUUAAAAGGUUGGAUGUGGGAUGGUGACACCGGCUGCUACGUUGUGAGAAACCUCCUCUUUCUUUUCUCGCUGUGGUGUCUUCCUCGUCUCUCCAACCCGAUGGCCAGCCGCCUCCUGUGCAGAUACGCCCGACUGCUCUGCAGGGUUUCCUCUCAGACUCCGGCUGCUGCCGCCGCUGCCGCCCGCCUUCCUCCACCUGUAGCUGGACCUGCAGAGCUGCAGGGGGCGAAGGGCUGGCCAUGGGUCACAGAGAGGCUAAUGUGUGAAGCAAACCUCAAAGAAGACAACCGUGCAGUUUUACCUGUGCGCACACAGCUGGACAAUCUAGUGGAAAAGGCAGAGGCACCAGAGGACGUCCUGGCAGCCUGGGCAGCGAAUGGGGGGAAUGGAAAUCAAGCUGCCAACGCCCUGAUGAAGUGGACUCAGCUGGUGCUGAAGACAAUGGGGAAGUUUCAUCAACACAGACCAGAGCUGAUGAAGGAUUCGAGGCUGCAGGACAUGAUGAAGGUCGUAUGUCGUCAGGUGUCUUCGGUGUGGAACAACAAUCUGGUGUCUGUGCUGAGAAGUCUAUGGAUUAUAGGCGUUCCCCCCACGGACUCUGUGCUCAGUUCUGUGCACAACGAGGUCCUGUGGAGAGUCCGCAGACUCACAUGCAAGCAGCUGGGCUACCUGGUGGACUGGGGAGCCAGCAGGAAAGGACAGCAGGACGUGAUGUUAGUGAACUCUGCGUUGAAACAGCUGGAACUGCGCUGGACUGAAAUCGCCGAUGUUAAAACUGUCACGGCGCUGAUAUCCAGAGGAGGACGCAUAACGCCCACGUUGAUGGACAAACUUGAAGACAAGGCUCUGGAGCUCGCAGAGAGUUUUUCAGCUGAAGAAAUCCGCAAAGUCUGCAUAUCUUUGGCUGCUCAGAAUCGCAGAAGCGUCCCGCUGCUCAGAGCUUUGUCCUACCACCUGCUGCAGAAGCCGUCGUCAGAGUUCACCACCCCACUGAUAAUGGAUGUGGCCUUCGCAUUUGGGAAGCUGAAUUUCAACCAUUCUCAAGUAUUUCAGCGAAUUGCCUCGGAGUUGUUACCCAGAGUUCCUGAUCUCAGCCCUGCAGACGUCACACGUUGUGCCAAGUCACUGGGAUUCCUUAAGUGGCUCCACAUCCGUCUGUUUGAGGCCUUUGCUGAGCACUACACAGUGAAUCACCAGAAGUACAGCACUCUGCAGCUCUGUAAUCUGCUCAUGACUUUUGCCAGACUUGAUUUCCAGCCCAGCAAAGGAGAAGAAAUCUACAGCAAGGUUCACCUUGUGCUGGAGGAAUCUCUGUCAGGUCUGGAUGCUUUCCUUCAGACAGAUGUGGUUUGGUCGCUGUGUGUGCUGCAGCAGGCCAAACCCGACUACCUCAUCGCCCUUCUACAACCAAACCAUGUUAGCAAACUGUCAGAGGGAAGUCCGGCUCAAGUAGAGAACUACAAGCUGAAACUCCUGCAGGUUGCUGCUACUCUCCGCUUAGAGCAUCCAGGUUCCUCAGAUCCUGGAUCCUCCCUCAGUGUCCCGUCAGUCCAGACCAGCAGCUCCACUCUGUCUGUCCUACAGAGCAGUUUAAGAGAAGCCUUACAGAGUUUAGUAGGUGGGAAGACAGAGGCCCUUCGUACUGGUGUUGACACUGUAUAUGGCUGGACUAUUGAUGGUGAGCUGGUCGUGGAUUGUGACAACAAACCAGUGGACAUUUCGAUGCUAAAAGGCCCUCAUCUGCCGUGCGGAGGAGGAGAUCAGGCUUUACCUGCAGGUGCACGGCGGCUAGCUUUCUUGGCUUGGGAGUUUCCAAACUUUGGCUCGAAGAGUAAAGACCUUCUGGGACGUUUUGUCAUGAUGAAACGGCAUCUUCAGUUGGCCGGUUUUAUCACAGUGGAGGUGCCGUACUACGAGUGGCUGGAGCUGAAGACGGACUGGCAGAAGUUGGCCUACCUGAAGGACAAAAUGGGGAAGGCGGUGGCCGAGGACAUGGCCAAGUGAACUGUGCAGCGUUUGCAAGCUCAGCUAAAUCACAGUUGUACCCAAUCGAAUGGGACCGCAGGGAAAACACGCAUAACACCCACGUUCACACUCAGAACGGAGCAGCAGUGCAGAAAGGCUCUCUCACACACACACACACACACA